GCUGCCGCGACCCGCCGCCGCCCGGGCCGGCCGAAGAGCCAUGGCUGCCGCGCUGGGAGGAGGCGCAGAUGAUGACUUUGAUCAGUUUGAUAAGCCUGGUGCUGAAAGGUCUUGGAGAAGAAGAGCUGGAGAUGAUGACUGGGACAGUGAACUUGAUGAUGACUUGCUUGGAGAGGAUUUGCUAACUGGAAAAAAGAAUCAGUCAGACUUGUCAGAUGAGGAGCUGAAUGAUGAUCUUCUGCAGAGUGACAAUGAAGAGGAACAAGAAUUUCGCUCUCCAGGUGUCACAGUGAGCCUCAAUGCCACACCUGGCAUCCUGACAUCCUACGAGUCCAUCAACGACCCCUCCCUGGAACACGAGGCUGAGUAUGACCAAGGGGAAGAUGAAAUUGGUUAUGACAAAUCUGAAGCACCUGAAGAAUAUGCCUCAGAGUAUGCAGAGGAAGGACAUUAUGAAGGCAAUGAUCCUGAGCUGACAGAAGACCAAAUAGAAUAUGGGGAAGAGCCUGGAGAAGAAGAUGAAGUGCUAGACCUUGAAAUCAAUGAACCCCUAGAUGAAUUUCCAGAUGAAGAUUACAUGCAAUCCUAUAAUGAGCAAGCAAUGGAAGAACAAGGAGAGUAUGCAGCUGAUGAGGAGUUGGAAGAAACCCAGACAAUGGCUAAUGAAUCAGAAGAGGCAGCUAUUGGGUCUCUGGAACUUCAAGAAGAAACAAAAGAAGAGUCUGAUGAGGAGGAGGAUGAUGAUGAAGAGUCCGGACGAUUACGUUUCAAAACCGAACGGAAAGAAGGAACCAUCAUCAGGCUCUCAGAUGUGACAAGAGAAAGGAGGAACAUUCCGGAAACUUUGGAGCUUUCUGCAGAAGCCCAGGCAGCCCUACGUGAGUUUGAAGAGAGGGAGAGGCAGCUCAAGCAGGGGCGGUACGGCUCCAGGAGAGGAGGGAGAAGAGGAGGCUCAGUCAUGUGCCAUGGAAUGGGAGACCAAAGGAGAGACAGUAAUGACAGGGGAAGAAUGAAGGAUCACAGGCCUGCACUGCUGCCAAACCAGCCAUCAAUGCAUCAGCAUCAUUCUUCUCCUCCUCCAGGGCUACAUAUGCCCCCUCAGAUAGAAACACCUCGAAUAAUGAUGACUCCCCCUCCAGUGACCCCCCAGCAGCCCAAGAACAUCCACAUCAAUCCGCAUUUCAAGGGGACCGUGGUGACGCCCGUACAAGUGCCCUUGCUGCCAGUUCCUGCCCAGCCAAGACCUGCUGUAGGACCCCAGAGAUUUCCUGGCCCUCCAGACUUCCAGCAGCAUACACCUGGACCAGUUCCUACCAACUUCUCCCAAGCCCCAAGGCUGCCAAUCCAGGACCAGUGGAGAGGGCCACCCCCACCACCUCCACCACUCCCUCCUCCACCUCCUCAGGACAGAGAUCCUUUCUUCUUAGCAGAUCCGAGGUUCCCGGGUCACCCCUUGUUUGAGCAGCGCAGUCCCCCGCCGCCACCUCCUCCCCCGCUUCUGAACAGCGCCCAUCCCGUUCCUACGCAGAGCCCGAUGCCCUUCAGCCCGCCCGGGCCCGCCUUCACGCAGCAGGGCCAGCAGCCGGUGUACCCCCGGGAGCGGCCGGUGCGGCCCGGCAUGCAGCCCCAGGGCCCCGUGGGGAUCCUGCACUUCAACCAGCCGGGCUCCGCCACGCCGCGGCCCUUCAUCCCCCCGCGGCAGCAGUUCCUGCAGGCGCCGGGACAGCCCUUCCUGGCCCCGCACACGCAGCCCAGCAUGCAGGGUCCCAUGCAUCCUCCAUUACAGCCUCAGCCACAACCUCAGCCUCAUCAGCAGCAUCACCAGCAGCAACAGCAGCACCAUCACCAGCAGCAGCAGCAGCAUCACCAUCUCCAAGGGCCUCCACAGCCCUUAAUGCCCAUGAACCAGCCACAGUUCAGGCCUCACAUGCAAGCCACACAGCAGCAGCCAAAUAACAACAGGAUGCAGUGUCAGCCACGACAGGGUCCAAUGAAGCCCAGGCAUAGUACCCCAUCCCAGAAUAUUGUCAAGCGUUCCAGCCAGCAGCUGCAGGCGGCGGCUCCCAGGAACAGCAACCUGCGCGAGCUGCCCAUCGCCCCGGCCCACGCCCUGGACAUGGGCAGCACCCGCCGCAGCUCCGCCCCUGCUGCCCAGGUCAAACCCAUCCCCAGCUCCCUGCCUGCCACCAAGCCUGCCACUGCUGCUGCCAACUCCCAGGGGAGGCCUGAGAUGAAAGCUAAACCCAUCACCCCAGUGGGCCAGGCAAAGUCGGAAGGAAAAUGUGAACCGGAGUAUCCAGAUGAGGAUGAGGAAACCCGGUUGUACCGUUUGAAGAUAGAGGAGCAGAAGCGCCUGCGAGAGGAGAUCCUGAAGCAGAAGGAGCUGAGACGGCAGCAGCAAGCUGGGGCCAGGAAGAGAGAGCUGCUGGAGAGACUUGCCCAGCAGCAGCAGCAGCAGCAGCCUUGCUCCCAGCAGCCCUACCAGCAGCACGAGGAGGACUCCUCCGAGUUCCCCACCAACGGCAGCCCCUACAUCCCCCACUCCGGCCUGCAGACCCGGCACAACGUGAAGAGCAGACUCCUGGUUAGAAAACAAGACGCGGUAGUGGCCAACAUCCACCCCAAACCCACAGACUUCCCCCAGGGCGCAGGGGACGGCCCCUACCAAGGACAGCAGCUGAAGCCCGUGAAGCAGCUGAGGCAAACCAGAACGAUCCCUGCGAGUCAGCCUCAGGCAGCCCCGAAAGCGUUACCGAGCAAGGCGGCGGCGGCGCUGCCCACGGCGCAGGCGGCGCGCGCGGCCGCGGUGCCCGGCCGGCCCCAGGAGCAGAAGCCGGGUGUGAAAAGGACAGUGAUGCAGCGGACAAACAGUGCUAGUGAUGGGCCCCAUGGAGGCAGCAAAGUCAGGGUGAUUAAGUUGUCAGGAGGGCAGGGGGGAGAGGAUGCUGGCUUUUUUCACCCCGAGGGCCAACCCCAGCGGCCUCAGCAGCCCCCGGAGCCGAAACAGCCGCCAGUGCGGAAGGUCACAUUGACAAAGGGAAUGCAGCAGCACCAACAGCAGCAGCAGGCACAGAUCCAUUCACCAGCUCCUCAAGGAGUCAAAAACAUCCAGGGAAUCCAUCAAGCUAAAAAGGUCAUUAUGCACGGCAGAGGCAGAGGAGUAGCAGGCCAGAUGGGCCGAGGACGCCUGAUGCCAAAUAAACAGAACCUGCGAGUGGUGGAGUGCAAACCUCAGCCCUGCAUUGUGUCAGUUGAAGGGCUUUCUUCAUCAACUACUGAUGUCCAACUGAAAAACCUGCUGAUGUCAGUGGGACCCAUUCAGAGUUUACAGAUGCUUCCUCAGCAACGGAAAGCCAUAGCAAAGUUCAAGGAGCCAGCACAUGCUUUAGCAUUUCAACAGAAAUUCCACAGGCACAUGAUAGAUCUGUCCCACAUCAACGUGGCACUGAUUGUGGAGUGAUGUCUGCUGAGAGAAGCCCUGCACCAGCCUCAGUGUACUGUGGAGCUACAGACUCACAGAGGAAAAUCCAUCGGGUUGGAACCCUGUCAGCUCAGUCUGUGACUGCUCUGUUGAACUCCAGAAAGCACCAAGGUGACCUCCAGGAGAGGUGAAUUCGAGAGGAUCUGCAGAGGUGGAAUUUGUGUUCAGUUUCUUCAUAUUCUGUUGUAACCACAUGGAAUUAUAGAGGUUUUUUUUUUCCCAAAAUGCUUUUGAUGCAUGUAGACAUUGUUCUUCAGGAUCCUACUGUGUGACCACAGUGACUUGAGAGAGAACGGUUACAGCGAAAGAUUUGAAAAACUUUCAAAAGAAUAGCAAAGAAUAUUUGAUAAUGGUUGCUCUUAUCUUCAGUGCAAGGUAUUUGAAUGAAAACUCAUUUUUCUAAACAAAUUAGUUGCAUUGUAUACCUGAGAGCACAGAAGGUAUUCUUGCAUAGAUUUGAACAUGGUCUGCUUUGCUGAAUAGCAGUUUGCUGAGAAGCUUUGGAGGUGACACUGGAAAAUUGUAGUUUUGAUCUUUGUAAAUAAGUCUGUGCAUUUUUCUAUUCCAACAUAGACUUCCAUUUUCUCUUUCCAACUCCACUUAUUCCAUAAAACCCUGUGUAGGAGGAAUAACACUGCUGUAUUUUCCCUUGGUUUUUAAAAACAAGGAUUUACCCUUCAGUAACAUCGUGGGGUAGUGAACUCUUGCGUUGUAAUUAGGUUGUUUUAAAUAACUCUGCAAGGAAAAAGAAGUAUUUGGUGGGUCACUUCAAAAAUGUUAUGCAGGAAGAGUGGUGCAUUCCUGAUAGUUCUUCUGGCCUAGUGUUUUAUGGAUGCCUCGUGUUUUGUUUUGAUCAGGUUUUUUUCUUUGAGAUUUGUUUUGUCAUUAAUGCUGAACCGUAAGAAACCAGUAACUGAAGGGACUUUUGAUGUGGUGUUCCUGAUACAUAAAGGACUUUAAGGACAUUGUCGAUCUCCUGAUGAACGUGUCAGUUCCCAAAAAUGCCAUGAAAACAUUAAGGAGCUUAUAUUUUAUUCAAAGUAAAAUUCAUAAUAUAUCCUUUUGGUUAGAACCAUCCAGAUGGGGUUGCCAAAGUAACAAUUUUUUCAGUUACUUCUGAAUAAACUUAUUCAAAUGUCAUCUUUA